UUAAAAGCCGCCAUUUCCAUUUUCCAAACCAAGACCAUUCCUCACUCUCUUCUGCUCUGUCUUCCUCAUUUUCUUGCCUUGUUUUUUUUUCCCUCCAUUUAUUCGGAGUGAGUUUAAAUCUGACGGAGAAGAAGUGAGGAACAGUGAGUAUCGGCCUUCCGGAGUUUCCAAGAGAGAACAUCGAAACCCUAAUCCAGCGAAUGAGGUACAUUGCCAUACUUUAUUUACAUAACCAAAUUUACUAGAAUCCUGCUUCAAAGAUGUGUUGGGUUGGGCUGUUAUAGGAUGAAUUGGCUGAGGAAGUUGGAUACCUCCCACAUUGGUUUUACAUUUUCUAUGUAUUUGCAAGGGGACCAACUGUUUUGAUAGGUCCUAUUUGGCUGACUUGGCGUCUUCCCUCCAACACCUUGUGCGCCUUUAAGAUGAAACCAAGGGAAAAUGUAGAAUCUAGAGCUCAGAGAGCAAAAGCAAUCCAAGGUGAUGGGCCGAAUUGGAUUCUUGUUGCUGGUGGUGCCUUAUUAAGUACAUUGUCAAUUCGCCUUGGUUACAAGCUGAAGCAAACUCUUGACUCAAAGCAACAAGCAAAUUCUAGUAGCAGUCCAAAAGGGAAUGGAAUAUCUUCCGAUAGACGGGGACCACCUGGUUUCCAUUUGCAUUCAAAUAUGUAUUCCUUUCCACACGACAAUGAUGGUUGCUUUCACUGCGUUUCAGGGAACGAAAGCAUGGAGUUGAAGUACCCGCCCAGUGGCCAGGUGCUUUCUGACUCUGAUGUUACUCUUCCACUGGUUACAGUUCCCUCCACUGAAUAUCACAAGGAGAAUGGUGUUAUUUGGGCAUCUUCUCCUGAUCGUUUGGAGUUGCCUCCCAAGCCUUUUCACCAUUCAAAUUGCUCAGAUUCUCCAUGUGUCUCAGAAUCUGGUUCCGACAUAUUCAUCAAGCGGGAAGUGAUACACAAGCUUAGGCAGCAAUUGAAGAGGAGAGAUGACAUGAUACUUGAGAUGCAAGAUCAGAUUGCAGAGUUGCAGAAUUCACUCAAUGCUCAGGUUGCACAUUCCACUCAUUUGCAAUCGCAGCUUGACGCUGCGCACAAGGACUUGUUUGAUUCGGAGAGAGAAAUUCAGAGGCUGAGAAAGGCAAUUGCGGAUCAUUGUGUAGGACAUGUGGGCACAAAUGGCGAGGAAAAACAUGGAAAUCUAAGUGAAGAAAUGGUCACAUCAAUGGUGAGAGUAAUCGAGUCAUUGGAAAAAGGGAGGGGAGAUGGGGAAAGAAUUGAGAAGCUGAAGAGCAUAGUUGGAGAGUUAAAGGAGGUGAUUGAAGGAAAGGAAUAUGUGCUGCAGAGCUAUAAGGAGCAGAAAGCAGAGCUGUCCAUGAAGAUCAAGGAGUUACAACAGAGAUUAGAUUCUCGGCUACCUAAUAUUUUGUAGGCAGACCCCUUAGUUUCCUGUGUAUUAUUUUCUUGUCUUCCUUGUAAUGGUUUUGGGUCUCAAUAUGUAGGAGACGCUUCCCUUUCUCCUUUUCUUUCUUUCCAUGUUUGGAUUUGCUUGAAUGUUAAGACAGUGGUUUAUACUUGUG